AUGGAUGGAAGCAGCUGCAACCCUCUUGACAUUGACUUCAGCAAGGAGGACUCUGACAUAUACGUGGGAAGGACGUUCAAGCACAAAGCGGAGUGCAAGUUGACGUUGGCUAUCUACGCAAUUGCGAAGGUGUGCACGUUUAAGCUCAUGCAUUGCAAACGCCGACUCACGGCGAAAUGCUACGAAAAAGAAUGCAAGUGGAGAGUAGUGGCUGUUCAACUCGGUGAUUCUCCAACUUAUCUGGUUAAAAAGGCAAUUCUGAAUCAUGUAUGCGUAGCCGACAUAAGAGGGAAGUAUAAAAAAACAUGGUACAGCCAAACUUGGAAAGCGAAAGAACUAGCGAUUGCAUCUGCGCAAGGAAUAGAGGAGGAUUCAUACAAGAUGCUACCACAGUACUUCCAUGUACUCAAGCUUGCAAAUCCUGGAACAAUCACCGAUAUUAAAACAGAAAAAGACAAAGAAGGAAAAACAAGGUUUAAGUAUGCGUUCAUGUCCCUGAAAGCAUGCAUCGAUGGAUGGAAGUACCUGAGGAAGGUGCUAGUGGUGGAUGGCACCCUCAUGUUUGGAAAGUACAAUGGUGUUUUGCUAAGUGCCAGCGGACAAGAUGCUAACAGCCGCGUAUUCCCGAUUGCUUUCGCAGUAGUGGAAAGCGAGAACACAGAAUCUUGGACAUGGUUUUUCGAGAGGUUAUCUACUAUUGUAGAGGAUGGUUCUGAUUUAAGUAUAAUAUCAGAUAGAUGCGCAGCAAUUUUCACAGCGAAAGAUAAAUGGUACCCACGUGCACACCAUGGUAUUUGUCUCGUACACCUCCAGCGUAACGUUAAUGAUAAGUUUAAGGGGCUGCAACAGAAAGAAAUGGUUGGCAGAGCUACGGAUGCGUUCAGAGUUUCGGAGUUUAAGGAGAUAAUGGAGCAUUUGGAGAAGAUCGACAAGAAGCUAUGGACACGUUCACAUUUCAAAGGGGAGAGAUUUAACGUGAUGACUUCUAACGCUGCUGAAUCGUUGAAUAAUGCUCUUCUGCCCGCUCGUGAUAGUCCUAUAAUGGCAUUGUUCGAGUUUAUUCGCCGGAAGCUGUGUACAUGGUAUGUGAGCAGACGCACCGAGAUCAGUGAGAUGAAGGGAAAUGUUCCAGAUAAUAUUCAAAAGAUACUUGUCGAACAGCUGGUGCUGUCAACGGGCCUUCUAGUUAUGCCAUGUUCGACUUGGUUAUUCGAAGUUACGCACAGGCCAACUAAUUUUGGUUUCCCGGUUGAUCUGGAUAAACGAACUUGCACUUGCUUCGAAUUCCAAAAGCUUGGUUUGCCAUGCCGACAUGCCAUUGCUGCUGCUUCUUGCCGUAAUAUGCAGUACACCAUGUUUGUUUGCAAACACUAUCUCAAAGAGACAUGGGGUGAAACACUUAGGGGUAUCAUACUUCCAGUUCCGGAUCCAAAGGAUGUUGAAGUGCCAGCCAAAAUACUAACGAGUCCACUUGAUUGUGGGUUUUUCCAAUGGAUCGAUGAGGAAGAACCUUUCGGAUGGCAAAAGCAAGCUCUGAUUGAAGCUAGAGACGAAAUUUCUGAACAAAAGCGGACUAUCAUGGAAUUGAAGAAGACCAUCUCGCACCUCCAGAGUGAUUUGGGCAAAAAUGCAGAAAUAGAGGAAGACAUCAUUAACGGGUUUCUAAAUAUGUGA